CGCUCGUCGUCCUCGGCUCGAUGAGGCGCAAUGCUGCACUCGUCGCCACCCUCGUCACCUUGGUCGUCCUCGCCACCAUCCCCUGGUGGACCGCGACCACCUCCUCGAACCGCCUCUUCCUCGUAACCCCGACAAAGGACGACCUGACGCGGUACUCGCACAUGCUCAUGCUCGCCUACAUGCUCGCCGCCUCGCCUUUUGCCCCUCGCGUCGUCUGGAUCGUCGUCGAGGACGCCCCGCAGCGCGACCCGGCCAUCGAGCAGCUCCUCGUCGACAGCGGCAUCACCCACCACUACCUCCACCGCGAGUCGCACGCCGCCACCGUCCACCGCGGCGUCGAGCUGCGCAACGCCGCCCUCGACUUUCUCGCGACGACGACAACGACGACCGGGUCCAACCAGGGCGUCGUCUACUUUGCCGACGACGACAACGCGUACCGGCCCGACCUGUGGCCCGAGCUCCUCAAGCUCCCCGUCGACGCCUACACCGUCUUUGCCGUCGGCAACACGGGCUACUACGGCUGGGAGGGCCCCGUCGUCGCUCCCUCGUCGUCGCCCUCGGCCGCCGCACUCUCGCCCGACGCGCCCGGCACGCCCGUCGUCAUCGAGCAGUGGUGCUGCGACUACUGCCUGCGCCGCUGGAACGUCGACAUGGGCGGUUUCGCGUUUCACACGAGCCUCCUCGGCGGCGGCGGCGGCGAGGGCGAGCGCGGUGGGCGCCCGGUCCGGUUCGACCUCGAGUCCAAGUCGGGCUUCCUCGAGUCGGACCUCCUCGACCAACUCGAGCGCCAGCCCUCGAGCGCGCUCGUCAUCCGCCGCCCGCUCCUCGACCGCGUCCACGUGUGGCACAACUUUGGCAAGCCGUUUGACCGCGCGGGACUGUACGACGCCGACUGGACGACCGAGGCGAGCGUGUCGCUCCGGCUGCGCAACGCGAGCGACGUCGCGAGGGGCUUCACGUGGGCGGCGCCCGACCUGCCGACGGCGAGGAUCCUCGGUCCCUGA